GAGCAGUGUUAGUGAGUGAAGUUUGUUAUUAGCUGUAAGCAGGUGGACUGUGCAGCGUGCAGACAUGCGCGCAUUCGCUCAGAUUUUUUCGAUAUGGUUAGGUGUCUGUGCAGCCUUUCCAAACACAGUGAACGAUGUUUCUUUCGAACAGCCAAUUUAUUCAAAUACGAUUCAGAGGGUCGUACAAAACUCAGAAACCAGAGGUCACGACGUAAGGGCUUUGAAAAAGGUUUUCCUGUCGAACAGAUCAAUUACUUGUAAUGACGGAUCUCAAUCUGGGUUUUACCUCAGAAAAUCCUACACAAGUAAAAAAUGGAUAAUUUUCUUGGAAGGUGGAUGGUAUUGUUAUGACCAUCAUAGUUGUAGAACCAGGUGGCUACGACAAAGACACUACAUGACUUCAUCACAAUGGCCUGAAACCAGAGACAUUGGAGGCAUUUUGUCUGCUAAUAUGGAAGAAAAUCCAUUUUGGUGGAACGCGAAUCACGUGUUCAUUCCAUACUGUACCAGCGAUAUUUGGAGUGGUACUAGAAUCCAAUCAACAAAUGAAAUGUUUAGUUUUAUGGGUUCAUCCAUAGUACAACAAGCGAUAAAGGAUUUAAUUCCAUUGGGUCUGGAAAAUAGUACUGAUCUACUUCUUACUGGUAGUAGUGCGGGUGGAACUGGAGUUAUGUUAAAUUUGGACAACGUAAGAGAGUUACUACAUGAAGAAUACAACUUAAAGCAAAUUAACGUUAGAGGUGUUACGGAUUCCGGUUGGUUUCUUGACAGGGCACCUUAUACCCAUGGCACGGCUUUAAUACCAGCUGUAGAAGCAAGUAGAAAGGGCCUAGAAUAUUGGAAAGGAAAAGUUCCCAGGAGAUGUCGGGAGGAGUAUCCCAAUGACCCUUGGAAAUGUUUUUUUGGAUACAGAAUCUAUCCGCAUUUAAAAACUGAACUCUUUGUUUUUCAAUGGUUGUUUGACGAAGCUCAGAUGAACGCCGACAAUGUUGGUACACCUGUGACCAAACAACAGUGGGACUACAUCCACAAAAUGGGCGAUGCACUUCGACACAGUUUUGAGAAUGUAUCAGCUGUUUUUGCACCGUCUUGUAUUUCUCAUUCGGUAUUGACGAAACGCGAUUGGCAAAACGUUAAAAUUGACGAUAUUUCUAUUGCGGAAGCUCUGCAUUGUUGGGAACAAAAAACCGGUAAAAGAAGACUGAAACGAUUAAAGAACAAUAAAAUGUUUAUGGAUCAACCUGGUUCUAAUAGAAAACUAAAGAACGCGGAUGCUGGUGUGAAGAUUAAUGUAACUGCAGAUAAUAUGGAGGUUAACAAAAAAAGGAAGAAGAAGCAUAGAAAAAACCGAAGAGGAGGAGGGAAAAAGAAAAAAGAUCGUUUUCAACAAGAAUCCUUCCUCAACGCUAACCAAACUACCCCAAUCACCUCAAACACAUUAAGUUCUUUAGACAAAAGAAAUCAACGGUCAGUUCUUCAUUCUCAAAGACGUGUACAAGGGCGUCAUUGCGCACACAGACGUAUGGAAAGGUGUUCCUGGCCGCAGUGCAACCAUUCCUGCCCGAGGCUACAGAAUCCUUACACAGGAGAGGAAAUGGGCUUUUUGGACUUGCUGAAGUCUUUCGGUUUAGAUAUGGAUAGUGUGGCGAAUGCUCUUGGUAUAGAUAUAGAUACAUUAAACAACAUGGAUCAUUCAGAGUUGUUAAAUUUGUUAACGCAACAAAACAGUUAGAUGUAAACUUUGUACAUAGGCAACCAGUUACACGUUAUGCUUUAACAAAACAUACGUAAAUAUAAAAAAUCGUACAUGCUCUGUAUAUAUUUUAAUUAAUUAAUUAUUUUGUACUAAAUGUAUAUAAUUACUUGUUUUUAAUUUUGUUAUGUUAAAAAUAGUAUCAAAAUGACUUAUUAUGUAAAAAGUUGCUCCAGGAACGAUAAACUAUUGUACAUAGAAAUAUUUAUUGUAGAUAUGUUUUUUUAUUUAUAUAUCUGCAUACCUAAGUGUAAGUUAAAUUGUGGGCAAGGUCUCUUGUUCG